ACUUUUUGUACUCGAGUUUUAGCUUGGUACUUAGGUACUUAAGAUAGCUCUAAAAACAAGUCACGUGAUAACACCGUGUGGCUACCCGGAAUUGCUUUGAAUGCUUACUUGGUCGAAGCUCCAUUACGAAAUAACGGAGACUUACAUAGUAUCAUUAGAGAGAUCUCAACCAUCUCAACCGCACGCGAGGGUGUCAAAACAUCACAACUUGGAGAGCUUCGCCCGCCCCUUAAGCGCUUAAGCCCCGAUCGAACUUCCUGGGUCUCUACCAUAACCGAAAAUGCCGACCCCCGAAUCCGAAGCUUUCCUGGCGAAGAAGCCAUCCGUCCCUCCCACCUUCGACGGCGUCGACUACGAUGACAACAGGCGAUUGAAGCAGGCGCAAGAUGCUGUCGUCCGAGAGCAGUGGGUGCAGGUUAUGAUGGGACGAUUAGUCCGGGAAGAGCUGAGCAAAUGCUACUACCGAGAGGGUAUCAACCACCUGGAGAAGUGUGGUCAUCUACGAGAGCGAUACCUCCAGAUGCUUAAGGCCCACAAGGUACGGGGUUACCUAUUCGAGCAACAGAACUACAUCCCCAAGUCCUCAUAAGCGGAGAAUAAAUGAAAUGCAAAAAGGAAUUCUACGAUUAUCAAUGGCAUUCAUCGCAUUGUGAUCACAAAGAUGCGCAGGGUACGAGGACUGCUUGGGACCGAGCUCUUUACAUGUUGAAAGGGUAUAUUCGAUGUGAUGUGGCGCGGAACACUUAUCCGCCCACUAUAUCCCAUGAAUUGUAUAUACAAAUAUCCAGCAGCGAUCUCAAUGUGAAGAAGAAAAACCCAA